GUGCGGUAGUGUGGCCCGGCGCUCGUCGUUGUGCAUACCGCGCUGCUGCCGCCGUGUGAGAGAAUCUGUUCACGGGUUGAAUCGGGCGCAAAAACAAGCCGACGACAAUGCCAACGCGGUGGUUGUUGUUGUUCACCUGAUCGCUGCGUGUGCGUACGAUCCUUUAAUCUUGUUGUGAUAUGAUAAUAUAGUGUGAUACAAAGUUCAAAGUUUGAGUUGCGGGUGUGUGCGUGUGGCACAUAUUUCUUGUGAAGCGCGUUGUCAACACAGCCGCCAAGGUGGAUAUGUACUCGUUUGCGGGGGGCGGCCCCCCACACUAUGCGCCGCCACCAACGUAUCUUCAACCGCCGCCUCCGCCACCGCAUCAUUCGCAAGUGCCGCCGAUGCCCAUGCCGCCGGAUGCGCCUAUGCCGGUCGCGCAUUAUUCGAAACGACGAAGGUCAGAUGAGGACGACCCGAGUGGAGGCAAAUACGCAAGAAUGGAAGACGACAGUAUUCAGGACAAGGAGCGCUUUGCCAGUAGGGAGAAUCAUUGCGAAAUCGAAAGGCGGCGGCGGAACAAGAUGACGGCCUACAUCACCGAAUUGUCCGAUAUGGUUCCGACGUGCAGUGCGCUCGCGCGGAAGCCGGACAAACUGACCAUUCUGCGGAUGGCCGUCGCCCACAUGAAGGCCCUGCGAGGGACUGGAAAUACCGGCACGGAUGGCGCCUUCAAGCCGUCGUUCCUAACCGAUCAAGAACUAAAGCAUCUCAUCCUAGAGGCGGCCGACGGCUUCCUAUUUGUUGUCAGCUGCGAUACGGGGCGAGUUAUUUACGUCUCCGAUUCGGUGGCACCCGUCCUCAAUUAUACGCAGAGCGACUGGUACGGUUCCUGCAUGUACGACAACAUUCAUCCCGAAGAUGUAGAAAAGGUGCGGGAGCAGCUCUCUACGCAAGAGCCGCAGAACACCGGCAGGAUAUUGGAUCUCAAGACUGGUACUGUCAAAAGGGAAGGACACCAAGCCUCGAUGCGUUUGUGUAUGGGUUCAAGGCGAGGUUUUAUCUGUCGGAUGAAAGUGGGUAACAUUGCGGCGGAUAACAUGGCGGUUGGACAUUUGAAUCGACUGAAACAACGUAACAGUUUGGGUCCGACGAGGGACGGUCAGCAUUAUGCGGUGGUGCAUUGCACCGGAUACAUCAAGAAUUGGCCACCGGCUGAAAUGUUUAGUGGUAGUCAGCCUGACGAUGAUCACCAUUCAUCGCAUUGUUGUCUAGUGGCUAUCGGGCGUCUGCAAAUCACUUCGAUGCCUAACUCCAAUGAGCUUUCCGGCUCCAACAGCAAUGCGGAGUUUAUAUCGCGUCAUUCCUCAGACGGGAAGUUUAGUUUUGUGGACCAGCGUGUCAUUGGACUGCUAGGAUAUGCACCGCCUGAACUGCUGGGCAAGAGUUGUUUUGAGUUUUUCCACCCGGAAGACCAAACACACAUGAAGGAUAGCUUUGAACAAGUUCUAAAAUUGAAUGGUCAGGUGCUAUCGGUAAUGUACAGAUUCCGAGCCAAGAAUAGAGAAUGGGUUUGGUUGCGCACGUCAGCGUUUGCCUUCUUGAAUCCGCACACGGGUGACGUGGAGUACAUAGUAUGCACGAAUUCCACAGCCAAAGCCUUGCACUCCACUGGUGAAGCACCUUUGGAGCAAAAGGAGCAGGUGCCGUAUCAGCAACCCGGGUUGGAUUACAGUCUGCAGCGACGCGAUACGGGCUUAUACCCGCAACAUAUGCUCCCAGCGACGCAUAUACAAACACCUCAACAAGUGCCGAGACCCAGCAGCGGGCAGAAUGUGUACAGCAACUACGAACCAACGCAGUCUCCGAUUGCCUACGGGUCGCCGUCGCAGGCAAGCGCCACCAGCAGUAGUGCCGUGCUUGGUAGGAUAGCGAAGGGCACGACGACGAGUCCGACGCCUGCUGCGGCGCCGUGGAACAUUCGGCAGCCGCAAGCCGCGCCCGAGGGUUACCAGUACAAUCAACCAAGCCCGCGGUCUCCUGGUCCCACAUACACUCAACUUGGAGGCGGCGCACGAGCGCCAACCACCGCCGCUGCCUACCAGUGGGCGUGGCAGGGACAGGCCAGUCAGGGCUCGGAUUCUGGUGGGCCGGGUUCAAGCGCAGCCGGCCCACCCCAACAAGCCCAACCGCAUGAGCUCAACGACAUGCUGCAGAUGCUCGACCAGACCGGCGGUGCCGCCUUUGAGGACCUGCAGAUUUUUAACACCAACUUCGAGUAGCUUGCGUUACUACUUAGCAUACUUCCCUCCUUUCUCAUUUCUUCCGACAAAGGUUUCUUUUUUAUUAUAUAUAUACGUACAAAUUUUGUAAUAUAUUUUAUGAUUUGCAACUCGGACGUGAGUGAGGAUCAGCGCCGAUCACUCAUAAUGGGAGUAAUGCCAUUUUAUUAUUUAUCUUAAAUUAAAAACGAGCGCGCGCGCGCGGAGGAAAUCGUGUAAAUGAAUUAAUCGUCGAGUGGUGCGUUCCCUCCCAUAUUGGGAUCUUAUCUCUGAUAAAAACAAAAACAACAAACACAUUAUGGACACAAGCAGACAGAUGCAGUAAUGAAUGGACACAACUGUAUUUUGUAUGAUAGUGGUGAAAUAAUUUUAAAGACUUGAGCUGUUUGUUACUGUUGUUGUGGCGUCCAGAUUGUAUAGCUUAAGUCUGUAGUGUAUUGCUAAAUUAUAGUUAGAAUGUAUACUCAAUAACUUUAUUUUCGACAACAACAACAAACAAAAACGAUGUUAAAGCAACUAUAUGUACUCGCAGAAACAUAUAGCCUUGCUUUAUUCUGAUUUUGGUACUAAGUGUGUGUUUUAAAAUUUUGCUUUAAUCUCAACUCAUUUACGAACCGAUUUUGGUCAUCAUUUUGACGAAAGCACAAGGCACCCCCCUAUUUUUAGUAAGUAAAAUUUGACGAUUUUAAACAAAAAUUAUUUUAAUCAUAUUUAAAAGUCAAUAAAUUAAUUAUAUCUGA